AUGACACUUGAACACGGGUUUCGCGCGUUGUCCCGGCAGAGGAAAGAAAGGAAAGAACUGGAGACAAUACGUGAGAAGCAAGAGAAAGCAUUCCAAAGGCUCCAGCAAAAGAACAACGUCACAACCAUAGUGAUAGACAGUGGGCCACCAGUGCCCCAACGGGCGCUUGUCGUGCCUGCACCAGUGCCACUUCCUGUUUCCAAAGCUCCUAUAUGCAAUGGAUCUAUAUUGACAAAUCCACCACAAGAAACGUCAACGGCGGAGGCAACACCAACCCUACUUGGUAAAAGAAAAACAGCUCCUGCGCUGAAGCGACCAGCUAAACGUCGGAAGCAACCGACUAGCGAGGACGCUGAAGCGAUGCCACUUAUUCCGAGGCGUCCAUCGCAGAGGAAAAAGAAGCCGCCUGUGAAAGUCACGCUUGAGAUUCGCUCAAUCAACCAGUACUAA